CAGGUCGAUCUUGCAUAUCGCGUCAAGAUCGCAUACAGUUUUAUGCACCAACUGCACCUCUAAUUGCUCGAUUACAUCCCAGACUUCAACCAUGUCUUCCAACAUUGGCCUUGUAGACGAGUAUCUCGCCAAAGGAACAUGGAAGACCGCAGAAAACGCCAACUCAACCUACUCCCACCAAGGUCUCAUGCAAUACGUCUCCAACCAAAUCAUCUCUCAAUACUGGCUCGAAAAGAUCUAUACCGAAGAAAUCCGACAAUAUGACCACGAGAAUCGCUUCCAUAUCCAUGAUCUCGGCUUUCUAAGCGCGUAUUGCUCUGGCUGGAGCAUUGAAGAUAUUCUCCUCCAAGGUUUUGGUGGCGUUGAGAAUAAAAUCCAGUGUCGGCCUGCUAAACAUCUCAACACCGCGCUCAAUCAGAUCGUCAAUUUUCUGUUUACGCUACAAGGUGAACUUGCUGGUGCUCAGGCCUUGUCUAGCUUUGACACGUACCUUGCACCAUUCAUCCGCAGCGAUAACCUGUCUUACACCGAUGUCUUCAAAUAUGUCCAAAGUUUCGUUUACUCCCUCAACGUCCCGACCCGAAGCGGUUUCCAAGCUCCAUUCACAAAUCUCUCGCUCGAUCUGAUCUGUCCGAAGCGAUUGGGCGAUCAAUGCGUUAUCAUUGGCGGCGAGUUACGAACCGAUUGGGUAUACAGUGACUUCCAGGAAGAGAUGGAUUUACUCAACAAGGCAUUUGCUGAAGUCAUGAUGCAAGGCGAUGGAAACGGCAAUAUCUUUUCUUUCCCCAUCCCGACUUAUAACGUUUCUGAUGGGAUUGAUUGGGAAUCUCCUCGGUGGCAGUCUAUUUGGGAGAUGACGGCCAAGUAUGGUGUUCCAUACUUUGCCAACUUCAUCAACAGUGAUCUCGAUCCUGAGGACUUUCGGUCCAUGUGUUGUCGAUUGAGGCUUGAUCUCAGUAAACUUCACUGCAGAGUUGGAGGCCAGUAUGGUGCAAGUCCAUUGACUGGCUCCGUUGGAGUUGUCACGAUUAAUCUGCCCAAUCUGGCAUACCGUUCUAAUGGUUCGAAGGAGACGUUCAUGGCAGAGUUGACCAGCACGUUAAGAGUGGCCAAGGACUCUUUGGAGAUUAAGCGGAAGCUUGUGGACGAGAAUUCGACGCUUUAUCCCUAUGCUGCUCACUACCUGUCAGCUACCAAGCAUCGCACGGGUUCAUACUGGACCAAUCACUUCAGCACGAUUGGAGUCAACGGGAUGAAUGAAGCACUCGUGGAUCUUCUCGGCCAAGGUAUCGGCGAGCGAAAAGACUUUGCCCUUGAAGUUCUUGAGUUAAUCAAAGACCAACUCCAAGAGUUCCAGAGAGAAACAGGUAACCUGUACAAUCUCGAAGCUAGUCCGGCAGAGAGCACAUGCUACAAGUUUGCCAAGCGAGACAAGGAACUCUUCCCUGAUAAGGAGAUUCCUACUUACUACACUAACUCCACGAUGCUCCCCGUUGACACGACGGAGGAUCUCUUUGAGGCUAUGGGUCAUCAGGAGGCACUUCAGUGUUCUUACACUGGUGGUACUGUCUUUCAUGCCUUUCUCGGUGAACAGUUGCCGAGUUGGAAGUUGGCUAGAGACUUGAUCAAGACUCUCACUGCGCGCUUUCGCAUUCCGUACAUCACACUCACUCCAACGUUCAGUAUUUGUCCGACACACGGAUACAGAGCGGGUGAGCAACCAGAGUGCACAGCAUGCGGGGAAUUGACGCUCGUUUACUCACGUAUCGUCGGGUACUUCCGACCCACGAGGGAUUGGAAUCGGGGCAAGUCGAAGGAGUUUGUCCAACGAAAGGUAUACAAGUAUGAGACGGGACUGGAGGGCGUGAAUGAUGACAAUGAGUUUCAAGACUUGGAGAAGCAAGUCGCUGCGAUUCAAGAUCUCCCCGUGGCUGGCUACAUCAAGAGUACUCUGAGUGACUACCCAGGCAAGAUGCAGGCUUCCAUCAUGUUCACCUCCCGCUGCAACCUCGCCUGCCCUUGGUGUCACAACGGCCCGUUAGUCCAGGGAGAGUGUGACGAUGUUACCAUUGUUGACAUCUUCCGUCAUAUUACAUCAACGUCUCACAAGUCACUCGUUGUUUCAGGCGGUGAACCGACAAUCCACAAAGGCCUCCUCCCCUUCCUCAGAAUCCUCAAAGCCGCAGGUAUUAGCGUAAAGCUCGACUCAAACGGCACAUCCCCCGACAUUCUCAAGCAAGUCUUUUCCGAAAAUCUCGUUGACUUUGCUGCGAUGGACAUCAAAUGUGCUUUGGAGAAUUACAAGCGCGUUACAGGUCGCAAGGUCAAGCCGAAGCUUCUUGAAGCUAGCAUUGACCUUAUAAAGAACAGUGGAGUGCCGUAUGAGUUCCGCACGACGGUUGUGCCGGAGCUAGUCGAUGUUGAGGAUCUGUUUGAGGCGAAGAGAUUGUCUGGGAAGAAGCUGACGAUGCAGAGGUUUAGAAAUGGUGAGACCUUGUUGGAUGAAAAGUUUAGGACGUUUCAGGAGCAUACAGAUGAUGAGUUUGAUAAGUUGGUCAGCCAGGUUGCGUGAUUGGGAUACUUUAUCUUUUUCAUCAGAUUUUGUUCUUGU